AUGCCGAAUCCAAACAAACCAGUCUUGAAAGGGGAAAAAGGCGAGUCAAAAAAUGGGCCAAAGAAAAAAGUUGGUGCAGAAAAACGAAGUGAUCGAAGUGAAACAAACGAAGGCUCACGAAGGAAACACGAAUCAGCUGCACGGCAUAAACGGAAGAAGGAGCACAGAGAACUCAACACAAAGACAGGCCUUGAGCCCGCAGUGAGAGAUGAAUUAGACAAGAAAAAUCGCCAGAAUAUCCGGACAAAAAACGAGGACAGAAGGCAAAACGCCAUCAAGGCCGGGGACGAUCAACAAAAAGACUCGCCGAAAGAAAACACAAAGAUGAAGCUUUCAAGCAAAGGAGUCGCAGACAAACCCGAGAAAUCAAAGUCGCUCCCAAAAAAGGAAAUUAAAACCGUAAGAUUCGAUGAAGUGCCAGAUUCCGGAAGAGAGAAAGAAGAAAGGCGUGAAAAAAGAAAAGGCAAAGGCUCGGAACGUUCAAAGCCAAAGGCGAGCUUACAGAAAAAGAAACGAAAAAAGGAUAAAAGCAAGAAAAGGAAGCCAACAGAUAAAAAAAAAGUUGUGGCUCUAUCUCCAACUUCCACAGCAGUAUCGGACAGUGACUUCCCCGGGGCUUCAUCGAAUGUGUCAACAACCAUUACAGGAGCAUCAAGCUCAGCAACUCAGACAGCAAAACCGGAACCAAACGUAACGCUAAGCAACAAGGACGAAGGCACACCGACCAGCAAAACAAUAAGUCCGAACGGAACAGCUUUCUUAGAGAAAAAGGAAAGAAAUGCGAAGUCGAAGGCAGCAGAUGAGGAUCAACGCCCUGCUCGGGAUCAGCUUCAACCGAGACGCACCGGCGGCAGAAGGAUUAUGCGAAUCACCGCACACGUGCAGAAACACGGCCGGGUACUCGACAUGGCGUCGUCACCGAACGGGUCUUUUUUGAAGGACGACUCCACUAGCAGCAGUGACUGGGAUGCAACAACGAAUGGCGAUAUCCUGGCAUCAACAACCAUUCGCCCAGCUGAAAAAGACAGCGACAUCACGGCACCCAACCAGACGAUUACCCUCGGGGGCCCUGUACAGGACGACCACGGAAUUUCAGUUGAAAUGUCCGCAGAUGUGGAACCUUGCAGCGAAACAGAACUGAAGAAGCAGGAGGGGUCAUCCUCGCCAACAAAGCGCACCGACACGAAUGGAACUGCGAACGGGAACAGCUUCCCGACUUCAGCGGUGCCCAAAACGAGCAACCAACCAGAUUCAAAUAAUCGGCAAGCGAUAUUGAAUCCUGAGAGCGACAACGGCAAUAACAUGGACAGUUCCGGAGAAGCCGGAAAAGCUUUGGAUGAGGCCCAAGUAGUGCUUGCAGAGACAGAUGAAGUUCAGCCACCGUUCCCCGAACAGCCCAAGGGCCAGUCCCAGAGCCUGCGAACAGACAAUGCGAGCCCCGGCAACAAACAGUCAGUGACUGCGAGGUAUGUGCUUUUUUGA